GCUAGGGGUCGGGUGUCUAGGGGAGCUGGGACAAAGGCUGAGCUUAGAGAUGCGGUCUGGCAUGGGAAGUCAUUCUUUAUACCUUUUUUGAGUUUACAAAGUGAUUGUUGUUGUUGUUGGCAACAACUCAGUCGCUACUGUUCCUCAGAAGGACACUUGGCGGGAGCAAAGGGCUCCACAGGAGAAGAUGGGCGAGGAGAACAACGAUGACAAGAAGCCAACCACCAAAUUUGAACUGGAGCGAGAAACGGAACUCCGCUUCGAGGUGGAGGCGUCUCAGACGGUCCAGCUGGAGCUGCUGGCCGGCAUGGCAGAGAUCUUCGGCACAGAGCUGACCCGGAACAAGAAGUUCACCUUUGACGCCGGCGCCAAGGUGGCUGUCUUCACUUGGCACGGCUGUUCCGUCCAGCUGAGUGGCCGCACCGAGGUGGCGUACAUCUCCAAGGACACCCCAAUGUUGCUGUACCUCAACACUCACACGGCCCUGGAGCAGAUGCGGAGGCAGGCGGAGAAGGAAGAAGAACGCGGCCCGAGGGUGAUGGUCGUGGGCCCCACCGACGUGGGCAAGUCCACCGUGUGCCGGCUCCUGCUCAACUACGCCGUGCGUCUGGGCCGCCGCCCCACGUACGUGGAGCUGGAUGUGGGCCAGGGCUCUGUGUCCAUCCCUGGGACCAUGGGGGCCCUCUACAUUGAGCGGCCAGCUGACGUUGAAGAAGGAUUCUCCAUCCAGGCCCCCCUGGUGUAUCACUUUGGCUCCACCACUCCUGGCACCAACAUCAAGCUCUAUAACAAGAUCACUUCUCGGCUUGCCGACGUGUUCAACCAGAGGUGCGAGGUGAACCGAAGGGCCUCGGUGAGCGGCUGCGUCAUCAACACCUGCGGCUGGGUCAAGGGUUCGGGCUACCACGCCCUGGUGCACGCGGCCUCGGCCUUCGAGGUGGACGUGGUGGUGGUGCUGGACCAAGAGCGCCUGUACAACGAGCUCAAGCGGGACCUGCCGCAUUUCGUGCGCACCGUGCUGCUCCCCAAAUCCGGGGGGGUGGUGGAGCGCUCGAAGGACUUCAGGCGGGAGUGCCGGGACGAGCGGAUCCGGGAAUAUUUCUAUGGCUUCCGGGGCUGUUUCUACCCGCACGCCUUCAACGUCAAGUUCUCCGACGUGAAGAUCUACAAAGUGGGCGCCCCCACCAUCCCGGACUCCUGUCUGCCCCUGGGCAUGUCGCAGGAGGACAAUCAGCUCAAGCUGGUGCCCGUCACCCCGGGCAGGGACAUGGUCCACCACCUCCUGAGCGUCAGCACGGCCGAGGGCACCGAGGAGAACCUCUCCGAGACCAGCGUGGCCGGCUUCAUCGUGGUGACCAGUGUGGACCUGGAGCAUCAGGUGUUCACCGUCCUCUCUCCAGCCCCCCGGCCGCUGCCCAAGAACUACCUGCUCAUCAUGGAUAUCCGCUUCAUGGACCUGAAAUAGAGUCCGGCAGGGUCGGGUUGGGAGGGCAGAGCCAUCUUCUGACCAUGCCCCCAAAAGCAGACGGGAUCAGUUCCCGUCAGGCUGACUAGUGAAAGCAGAUAUUCUGUCAAAACGGGUCAGGGAGUAGUUUCUCAACCCAAAGGACAGCCUGCAGAAGAAAUAUACAUAUAGCUUUGGUUCCCUCGAUCACCUAAGGUGCCACUUUGAAUUCUCUCAAGGCCCUGGAGAAUCCCAUGUCUUUCACUGUGCUACUUAUGGGCUGAUUUUUAUGAUGAAUUUUAAAAAAAAAAAUUUUUUUUUUUUUUGUCACUGCUUUCUAUUGUGUAUUUACUACCGGCUGUGUCAUUUAUUCAGGAUGACAGAGUGGACCUGUUCCAAUAAAGUUCCAGUUUGACAAGAUUGUAUUUUAAUAAAUAUUUUUGGGCAUA